AAUGGAAGCUUCUUCCGGCCUUCCUGAAGGUGAGAGGGUUGGUCCGCCAGCAUAUUGACUCGUUCAACUACUUCAUUAAUGUGGAGAUCAAGAAGAUAAUGAAAGCAAAUGAGAAGAUUACCAGUGAUGCUGACCAAACUUUCUACAUGAAGUACUUAAACAUUUACGUUGGUAGCCCGGACGUCGAGGAGAGUUUCAACAUCACCAAGCCAACCUCUCCGCAUGAGUGUCGUCUACGUGACAUGACUUACUCCGCCCCCAUCACUGUCGACAUAGAGUACACACGAGGGCAGCAGAGGGUUAUCAGAAAUAACUUGCCGAUCGGAAGGAUGCCGAUCAUGCUGAGGAGCUCCAAUUGCGUGCUGACCGGCAAAUCUCAGGCCGAGCUGGCCAAACUGAACGAGUGCCCUCUUGACCCUGGGGGCUACUUCAUCGUCCGAGGGACAGAAAAGGUCAUCCUGAUCCAAGAACAGCUCUCAAAGAACAGGAUGAUAGUGGAAGUGGAUCGGAAAGGCAUUGUGUCCUGCAAUGUAACCAGUUCUACGCACGAGAGGAAAAGUCGCACUGUGGUGAUCGUGAAGAAAGGCAGGCAUUACCUGAAACACAAUACUUUCACAGAGGACAUUCCUAUUGUGGUGGUCUUCAAAGCGUUGGGGAUGGAGAGUGACCAGGAGAUUGUCCAGACUAUCGGGACAGAAGAAUCUACGAUGGUCAGUUUUGCCGCUAACCUGGAAGAAUGCCAUAGGUUGCAAGUCUACACACAACUACAGGCUCUGAAGUAUAUGGGAAGUAAAGUUCGUCAGAGAAGGAUGUGGGGAGGAGGAUCCAAGAAGACCAAAGUAGACGAAGCGAGAGAGUUAUUAGCUACUACAAUCCUUUCACAUAUACCUGUUGUCCAAUUCAAUUUCCGAGCAAAGAGCAUCUACCUUGCUUUGAUGGUGAGGAGAGUGAUAGAAGCACAGGGUGAUGCGGUCAAAGUAGAUGACAGGGAUUACUAUGGCAACAAGAGGUUAGAGUUGGCGGGUCAGCUCAUAGCACUUCUCUUUGAGGAUCUCUUCAAGAAAUUCAACUCAGAACUCAAGAAGUACGCCGAUCAGAACAUUCCACGUCCCCGGGCGGCUCAGUUUGAUAUCGUCAAGUAUAUGAGGCAGGACCAGAUAACCAAUGGACUCGUCACAGCUAUUUCCACAGGUAAUUGGUCAGUGAAGCGUUUUAAGAUGGAGAGGGCCGGAGUGACCCAGGUCUUAUCAAGACUCUCAUACAUCUCUUGCCUUGGUAUGAUGACCAGAAUAUCCAGUCAGUUUGAGAAGACGAGGAAAGUGAGUGGUCCUCGUUCCCUUCAACCGUCCCAGUGGGGUAUGCUGUGCCCAUCUGAUACCCCUGAAGGAGAGGGAUGUGGAUUGAUCAAGAACCUCGCUCUUAUGACUCACAUCACAACGGACAUGGAGGAGGCCCCCAUUGUCAGACUAGCGUUCAACUUAGGGGUGGAGCCUGUCCAGCUGAUGUCAGGGGAGGAGCUUAGCAUGAAAGAUGUCUAUGUUGUAUUUCUCAAUGGUAACAUCCUGGGUGUGAUCCGGGAGCAUGAACGGUUGUUGCGGACGUUCCGUCUGGUGAGGAGGGCUGGGUAUAUCAGUGAGUUCGUUUCUAUCUGUCCUAACCACGCCCAGAGGUGUGUCUACAUAGCAUCGGAUGGAGGCAGGGUGUGCAGGCCGUACAUUAUUGUUGAGAAGUGCAUCCCGAGGGUGACGGACAAGCACAUGGUAGAGCUCUCGCAAGGCUUCCGAAGCUUUGAAGAUUUCCUCAGAGAGGGGCUCGUAGAGUAUCUUGACGUCAACGAGGAGAACGACAGUCUGGUGGCGCUCUACGAGUCACACAUAACAAAAGAGACAACUCACCUUGAGAUAGAACCAUUCACCAUUCUCGGUGUGUGUGCUGGACUGAUCCCCUACCCCCAUCACAACCAGUCACCCAGGAACACCUACCAAUGUGCAAUGGGCAAGCAAGCUAUGGGUACCAUAGCUUAUAACCAGCGGAAUCGCAUUGACACUCUGAUGUACCUCCUUGCCUAUCCAAUGGCUCCACUCGUCAAAUCUAAGACGAUAGAUUUGAUAGGGUUUGACAAGAUUCCUGCGGGUCAGAAUGCCGUGGUGGCCGUCAUGAGUUACAGCGGGUACGACAUUGAGGAUGCCCUCAUCCUCAACAAGGCUUCGGUUGACAGAGGUUUCGGUAGGUGUUUGGUGUACCGCAAUACAAAGUGUACAUUGAAACGUUACGCCAACCAAUCCUUUGAUCGCUUGAUGGGACCGAAGCUCGAUCCGUUGUCACGGCAACCCAUCUGGAGGCACCGCAUCCUGGAUGCAGAUGGAGUAUGUGCUCCUGGAGAGAGGGUCACAAACAAACAGGUGUUGCUGAAUAAGUCUAUGCCAGUAGUCAACAUGAAUCCUCUGCAAGCAAGCCCAACCAACCAACCCCAGCAGCACGACUACAGAGAAGUCCCAAUAACGUACAAAGGCGCUGCUGAUUCCUACAUUGAGAAGGUCCUGGUGACCUCAAAUCCGGAAGAAGCAUUCCUUUUCAAGGUUCUCCUGAGACAGACGAGGAGACCAGAGAUUGGAGAUAAAUUCAGCAGUAGACAUGGACAGAAAGGAGUGUGUGGCCUUAUUGUUCAACAGGAAGACAUGCCGUUUGAUGAGAGAGGGAUCUGCCCGGAUAUUAUCAUGAACCCCCAUGGCUUCCCCUCCCGUAUGACAGUGGGCAAGCUCAUAGAGUUCCUUGCAGGCAAGGCUGGUGUACUAGAAGGAAAGUUCCAUUAUGGUACAGCGUUCGGAGGAGACAAAGUCGUAGACAUUUGUGAAGACCUUAGGAAACAUGGCUUUAACUAUCUUGGAAAGGACUUCCUUACAUCCGGUAUUACAGGGGAGCCCCUGACAGCUUACAUCUACUUUGGCCCUGUCUACUAUCAGAAGCUGAAGCAUAUGGUCCUGGACAAGAUGCAUGCCAGGGCUAAAGGACCAAGGGCCGUCUUGACUCGCCAGCCUACAGAAGGAAGAGCGAGAGAUGGAGGCUUGCGAUUGGGCGAGAUGGAGCGUGACUGUUUGAUUGGUUACGGGGCGAGUAUGCUGCUUCUUGAGCGUCUGAUGAUCUCUAGUGACCAGUUCCAGGUGGACGUCUGCGGGGAAUGUGGUCUGAUUGGUCAUUCUGGAUGGUGUCCAUACUGCCGUUGCUCCCAAAACAUAUCGUCUUUGAGGAUACCCUACGCCUGCAAGCUCCUCUUCCAGGAACUCCAAUCAAUGAACAUUGUUCCAAGGUUAAAGCUCAAGAAAUACACCGAAUGAUAGCGAUUCUGAGAAUUAGUGUGUCCACUGAUGAUCACAAAGAAUCAGUCAGCAUAGAGGAUCGAGUAAAAGAGAAGAUGCAGCGAGGUGCUUGAACUUUUCCUUGCGGAGCUCCAUCGGUGCCUUGUCCAAGGUCAAAGAUCACCGGAUGAGAGCAUACAUGUGCACACCUGGGCCCCGUAUGUCAAAGAGAUACGAUUGAUCCGACCAAUCUCAACUGUAUGGAAAUCCAUCCAUACCAUAAUUUUUUCCUACAUGAAAUCUGCACAAUCUCUUUAGUGAACAAAGGGAAUCACCCCUGAAUCUUCAAGAGAACAAUUAAUCUAUGAAUAUACAUCAUAUUUGACAAAUAUUUCAAACAAGCAAUGUAUUUUUAUAUAUGUUGACAUUGUCGGUCAUCAAUAUUUUUUUGGUUGAUCGGAUCAAUCGCAUCUCUUUGUAAGACGGGGCCCUGAUAUCAAGAUGCUUGUAUGUGGAACUUGAUAUCUGAAGGGUGCCAAGGAAUUCAGGGUCAAUACAAGAAGAUCUAGGAACACAUGAAGGACGACAGAAGGCUUGGACGGUUCUUGCAGAAUUCCGUCUAUGAACCUUGAUCCAAGGUUGAAGAAAUACAGUGAAUGUUGUCCAGUGGUUAUAUACCUACCCGUGUAGCUGAUAAGAAGGAAUGCACUGAAAGAUACAUGUAUCAAAAGAGAUACAGUAUGCGUAAGAGAUACCACUGAUAAGACACAAUCUUAAAACUUUUUAAAAGUUUCCUUUGUGGACAAAAACAUUGACUCUAUAUUAAUUUUCCUAUAUUAUAUAUUUUUUUUUCUGUGGCAGGUCUGACUUUAACCUAUCUUCUAUAUGAAAUGAAAGGAAGCUCCUGUCUUUGAGGUGAUAGAGUACAAAUGUCCGGCAUCAUCAGUUUUGUUUUUGCACAUUUCACUAUUUCAGGAUCAUGUUCAUAUUAAGCAUGAGGAAAAAUAUCCACACACCACAAUAAAGAUGAACAAAAAAUUUGUUAAAGAAUAAAAUAAUAGUUGUGAGUUGUCAAAUUCUGUCGAUAUUUAUAGCCUUUGACUAGGCCUCAUGACUUGGCUAUAUUCUGUGCCUGGUAGUGGCUGAAACGAGACUAGUGGUUGAAGAAGAGAUACAUGUAUAUGGCAAAACCGGGAAGGUGACUGUGCGAUUGAGCAACUUCAGUUGAGGGAGGCCUUUGGGGACCUUACUUUUACUGCAUAUUACGGAUUAUACAUGGCAUGCCGAUGCGCCAAUCUGCACUUUUGAUGUCUGAUGACGUCUUGCUUGGGACUGGUACGUUGGCUUCUCUGGAACAAUUGAUGCGAAAGUUGAUACGAAAGACUUGCACUAAUCAAUGAAAGGUGGUCUUUUUGAAUGCCCCAUUUAAAGCCAACAGUCGAGCUGAUGAUUUGCUUGCUGUUUAUGUAACCUUCAGAAAAAUAAAAUGGGUCAAUUUAGCAUUAUUUUGUUGAUUCUGAAGCCUUACAGCUAUCAGUGGGGUCACAUUUCAUUAAGACUUGGUCUUGGUAUAAAAUCAAAUGCACCAUUUCUAAAACAAGUUUACUAUCAGCCAAUCACACUGAAGGAUUUCAGUAGCUUUUAACUGUUAUUGCAACUUUAUUUUAUUAUGAGUUUUAUGAAACAGGCUCCAGGGUACCGUUUCAUAAAGACUUGUUAUACAUGUAAUAAGAAAUGCACAAAAUCUGUAACAAGUCUUCUAUCAACCAAUCAGACUGAAGGACUUCAGUGGCUCUAAACUUUAAUUACAUUGUUAUUACAUGUAUAACACAUUUUAUGAAACUGACCCCUACUCCUAGAUCCUGUUUUAUAAAAACUUGUCAUAUUACAAAUGCACAAUUUCCAAUAAGCUUAGCAAAUUUUAUCUCAGCCAAUCAGAUUGCAGGAUUUCAGAAGCUUUUAACUGAAAUGGAAAAUUUGUUAGUAUGACAAGGUUUAUGAAAUGGGCCCUAGUUCUAAGAUGCAUUGUAAGCGAACUUACAACUGGGGCACAUCUUAUAAACCUUGUAAUAACAAAUUUUCAAUAAUAGAUAAAAAGCUACUGAAAUCCCUCAAUCUGAUUGGCUGAGAUGAAAUUUGUUAACUUUAUUGGAAAUUAUGCUUUUCGUUGAAAUGUGAAAUUUUAGAACGAUUGUAUAUCGUUUGAAUUCACCUCUUUUGUCCCUUCUUUUACAUGCACUGGCAAGGCAGGACAGUUAUCAAGGAAUACACCAAAUCUGCAUCAUUUGUUUUAUUACUUGUCAAGAUUAAAGACAAUUAUAUUGUUUUGAUUUACAAUAAAACAUAUAUUUAUAUGAA